UCCGACGGUAGUCGGUGCUCGGCAGGGGAAAUUCUAGGGUGUACACGGGACUCGCGUCUUCGUUAGUUUAUUUUAUACUCUCGCGCGCGCUCCCAGAAGCAAUUCGGCGGCGAUCUCGUUCUACCUUCUUCCUCGAGGGUCGGCCGAAAGAAGGAAGGCGUUCACGUGAAAAAUGAGCAAAUUGCAGAGUGAUGUUCUUAGGGAAGCUAUCUCUCAGGUGGUUGGUGAUUCUCGAGAGAAGAAGCGCAACUUCACUGAAACAAUUGAGUUACAAAUUGGUUUGAAAAAUUAUGAUCCUCAAAAGGAUAAGCGAUUCAGUGGCUCAGUGAAGCUUCCGCAUAUUCCACGCCCUAAAAUGAAAGUUUGCAUGUUGGGUGACGCACAACAUAUUGAGGAGGCAGAGAAGAUAGGACUUGAUUACAUGGAUGUUGAAAGUUUGAAAAAGAUGAACAAAAAUAAGAAGCUUGUGAAGAAGCUUGCUAAGAAGUACCAUGCUUUCCUUGCAUCAGAAGCUAUCAUUAAGCAGAUUCCUCGUCUUCUUGGUCCUGGUCUUAAUAAGGCAGGGAAGUUUCCCACAUUGGUUUCUCACCAAGAGACUUUGGAGUCUAAAGUCAAUGAGACGAAGGCAAUGGUGAAAUUCCAACUCAAGAAGGUCCUUUGCAUGGGUGUCGCUGUCGGCAAUGUUGCCAUGGAGGAAAAGCAGAUUUUUCAGAACGUGCAAAUGAGCGUGAAUUUACUCGUGUCGUUGUUGAAGAAGAACUGGCAAAAUGUCCGAUGCUUGUAUCUGAAGAGCACAAUGGGGAAACCCUAUCGCAUCUUCUAACUCUUCGUAUGCCCGAGUUCGAGCUUGCCGUCUCAAGAUCGGACUUUUUAGCUGAAUGUUUUUCGGAUAUCAAUCAGUAUAAAAGAACAGAAGCUAUCUUACAGUUAGUCAUUUGUUUGAUCAGUCUGAAAGAACAGAAAAUUCAGUUAUAUUAAUCAGUAAUAUAUAUAUUUUGAUUGGUUUAUUUCAAAUGAAUUUAAAAUUAUCUAAAAUAUGGAUUAAUCUUCACCGCACAACAUGUGUCCGGUGAGAAUCUUAAAGCAACUGGUUAAAACGAUGCAUUUCAUGAAAUGGGUCACGGCGUGAUUCUCUAUGCUAAUUGGUUAAGAGCCUAUCGGCCUGACCCUCUAUUUCUAUCGGCUUCUUCUUCGUCCCUCUCGCUCACUCGGCGUUUUCGCUCACAAUAGCAGUGUCGAUUCUUCCAUCUGUUCAGCCUUCGCCGCCUCAUCUCUUCGGUUUUCAAUGGCAACUUCCACACUCGUGUCUUCCUCUAUGCUUAAAUGCAGCUACAGGAGCCAACUUUCUGUGGCGACGAUCAAGAACCCAUCCUCUUUGGGGUUCUUGAAGAGCGUCUCAAAAGCACCGCGCUUAAGGGCAUCAAACUGCUUCAGGGCAUCGGCUAUGGCUGUCUACAAGAUCAAGCUUGUCGGUCCGCAAGGGGAGGAGCACGAGUUUGAAGUCGACGACGAUGUGUACAUUUUGGAUGCUGCUGAGGCAGCAGGUGUGGAGCUGCCUUUCUCGUGCCGAGCUGGAGCUUGCUCCAGCUGUGCAGGCAUAAUCGUCUCAGGCAGCGUCGAUCAGUCCGACGGAUCCUUCCUUGACGAAACGCAGAUAUCCGACGGUUAUGUCCUUACAUGUUGUGCCUAUCCAAAGUCGGAUGCCGUAAUCCACACUCACAAGGAAAGCGAGCUCUACUAGCGACCAUUAUCGUCACAAUCUCCUUGUUCUCCAGUUGAGAAUUUCUCAGUGUCUUUGUUUUUGCUAGAAUAACUAUUAGUGGAGUGCCUUCAGUAACGUUAGAAGCUGUUUUACUAUAUUAACUUCCAAUGCUUAGUGUGAUGCAUCAUUUGCUCUACAAUGACAUUUUUUCUUAAAAAAUCUUUUAAAAUUUCAUUAUGUCAAAA